CUGCCAACUGGGUACACCUUCCAGCUGAGAGCCACGUGCUGCAGCAGACAUCUCGCCGACGUGCAGGGACCAGCAACUUCAACUGUCAGCUUCGCGCAGCGCGAGAGACGUCACGCCUCUCCCAGAGAAGAUGGCCCGGCCGUUCUUUGUACCACCUACUGAUGAGGACAUAAUCGAAUAUUAUCGCAUCCUAGACCAGCUGCUUAGCGAUCUCAUGGACAUCCUGAACGUGAUAUUCAGAGGACGCCGUCGCCUAUCCGAGCCAACAAUCAGACGUGGCGGUCGCUGGCUGCGGCAGCCGGCUGGCCUGCCGGACGUGGUGGCCGACGCGGUGCGCGCCGUUCACCAGCCCGGGGACGCGCGCCUCUGCCGCCGCGUCGUGCAGUCCGUCGACAAGCUGUCCUCCUGCUACUACGACGUCAGCCUCCAGCUGCACCUCAUUGCAGAGUCCUUCCGCUGCAGGCUGCAGCAGGAGGCUGAGAAGACGCGUGAGCCGUCAGCAGUGGUCAGCGGCGGUCUGUCCGGCGGCAGCAGCAUGGGCGGCGGGGGUGGGGGGGGUGUGAGCGUGGGCGGCGCCUCGCUGCUGGGGCGCCUGGUCCCCCCACAGUACGGCCGCCCCGUGUGCUGGACCGUCAUCGCACUCUACGUGGGCUGGCGCAUCAUCUGCUCACGAUGAGCCGCGCUGCGGGCCACCACUCUAGUCUUUAAGUUCUACUUUCUAAGUCUCAUUUCAUUUUAGUUCUUAUCGUUAUGAGUGGAGAUGAUCUCCUAACGUGUCUCCCUGAGACAGUUUCAGUGAUUACUUGUUUGUUUCACGUAUCUGUAUUAGAGAACUAUUCGUUCGAUUUGUAUCUGUAAUUCCCAGUGAUCUCCUUAGGUUAAGCUUUACGGGUCGUGUACUGAAUCUCACGAUAGUUUUGAGAAGUGGUUAAAUGUGCUCCGAAUUUUAUACAAUUAUCACUUCUUGCAUUCAGUGCAUUGCUUACAUAAAUCGUAAUUUUUUUGAUUACAGUGUGUGUUUACAUGUCUACUUAUCGCUUAGCUGUAGGACAGAUUUCUUUUUAGUGCUUAGAUACGUUUUGUUUUGCAACUCUAUUGUAAUUAUGGGUUAUGACCGUAUAUAAAAGUAUAUAAAUAUAUAUAAUAAAUCGCAAGUAAAUCUGUUCGAUUACGUAAAUGGAACAUUGUAUAUUGUGUUGUGGAACAUUCCUAAUGUAAAACUGAAUAAUUAUUGUGUAUUUUUUUAAUUGUGCAAAAAGGUUCCAAUACCUUUUUUUAGAGUUUUCAUAUGAUCUCUUACGCGUAGUUGUAGACAUAGCUGCGUGUACAAUGGGUGACGUUGUAGCAGUAUCCCAAAGCAUUGCAGCUCCGCUAGUUUGUAACUUAUAUUUUUGUGUGAGAGAUAGUCUUCUCUUUUGUAAGUUGACCUCGGAGUAACACGUCACAGCAGAGGGCAGACAUGAAAUCUCAGAGGAAUUUCGUCGUAUUUUAAGCUAUGCAGUUCAUUUCUUCAAAUUCCAUUGCUCUAAUUAUUGUAUAUAGACAAUUCAGUGAGAGAGUACUUUAUGUGUAAUCAAGGUUUUGAAACUGCACGUACAGGUACUGUUGUGUGAGGCAGCAAGACAUUAUGUUCUACACUAGAUGUCCUAUGUAAAUUUUGUUGCUGAAGAAAACAUAUUCCUUCACCAUUAUGUUAUCUAUAAAAGUUGUAAGCACAGUACAUAGAGCUCCAUUUCAUACUGACAGGACUAUUUUCAUUUUGGAAUACACAAAUUAAUAGCCUUUAACUAAUUUAUUGAAAUAUUUGUGCCACAUUAUCCAGACCUCAUCCAAAAUUGUUUUUGCAAACAACUUUCCUCUUCUCUUCGUUUCUUUAAUCUUUUCCAUCUACCUUUAUCCACCAUUUACCUUACAGAUUUGGUAACUCAUAUGAAAUUGUCACCAGUAAAUCCUGCAAAGAUUGUAACUUAUUUACUAAGUACUUGUGACACCGUGGUGCCAGUUACUGGAAACAAUUGUAAAAGUUGUAACAGUACCAUUUGCGACGCUAUGUCUGAGCGUUCUCUGCUGUUAGACCUGUUUUGUCAAAUGUGUGGCUUGUAAAUAGCUUACCAUUUUUUAAACAAACUAACAGUUGGUAGGUUUCACUGCUGUUGCAGGUUGAUGGACAGUCUGUCAAUUGGAUCUGUGGCUUCAGAGAAACCUUCGCUUAUCAAAGUGUCACUGUGAUUACAUAUUUCUAUAAUCUGAUGAAUAUAUCAUAGGUUAUAUUUGCAUGUCGUAACAUAGGAAGUAUAAAAAAUUAAGGCAAAUGUAUGGGAGAGAGCACUUGUGUUCUCUGACCUACACUCUGUUGCUACCAAUGUCUUUCAGAACUGUACACUUUUUCACUUUUGUAAAACAAUUGAAUUUUGAAAUAAAUGUAAACAUUCUGGUAAUAAA